AUAACAUCGAGAGGUCCGUGUGUCAGUCUGCUGAGGAAAGGAGAAAUAUAUAAACAUAGGAGAUCUAGAAAUCUGAAAGAGUUCAAUACCAACAUGGGCUUUUCGGAUCUCCUGGAUGAAGUUGGCGGGUUUGGACGCUUUCAGUUGAUUCAUGUCACUCUUCUGGCCAUCCCUGGCCUUCUCAUGGCUAGCCAGAAUUUGCUCAAUAACUUCACGGCUGGUGUGCCGGCUCAUCACUGUCGCAUCCCGAACAUAACGGCGGCGCUGAACGAGAGCACGGCGACACUGCUGCGUGCCUUCAUCCCGCUGGAUUCAUCAUCACUCACACUGUCCAAAUGCUCCCGGUACACCGACGCUCAGUGGCAUUUAAUCACAGACACAUCGGCUUACACAAAUGCAACUGGACUGCAGACAGAGGGCUGUGCUGAGGGCUGGACGUACGACAAGGCUGAAUUCAUCUCAUCUAUAGUAUCGGAAUGGGAUUUGGUUUGCACCCUCCGUCCUCUCAAACAGAUGAGCCAGACUAUUUACAUGGGAGGAGUGCUGGCAGGUUCCAUUAUAUUUGGAGGGCUAUCCGACAGGUUUGGGCGAAAGGCCUUGCUGGUUUGGUCGUAUUUUCAGCUCGCCGUCUUAGGCACGUUCACGGCUCUCUCUCCGUCGUACGUGGUUUACUGCAUCUUGAGAUUCCUGACGGGAAUGUCUGUGUCCGGAGUCAUUCUCAAUACCGUCUCCCUCAAGGUGGAGUGGAUUCCUACUAAAACUCGGACUCUGGUGGGCACCAUCUCGUCUUUCUUCUUCACGUUCGGUCAGAUGAUUCUAGCUGGAGUGGCAUACAGUCUGAAGGACUGGCGUAAAAUACACGUGGCCGUCUGUCUUCCCUUCUUUAUCUUCUUCUUCUACAGCUGGUGGUUCUCUGAAUCUUCUCGCUGGCUGGUUCUGAACGGCCGCUCUGAGGAAGCACUGAAGAAUCUCCACCGCGUGGCUAAAAUCAACGGCAAGCCCGAGAUGACAGAGAAGAUCACUUUAGAGGUGCUGGAGUCACACAUGCAGAAAGAGAUUCAGUCCAGCAAGAGCGUUUAUACUGUGUUUGAUCUCUUCAAAACACCAACCAUGAGGAAGAUAUCCAUGUGCCUAGUGUGCGUCUGGUUUUCGACUAGUUUUGCAUAUUACGGUCUGGCCAUGGACCUGCAGAAGUUCGGUGUGAACAUCUAUCUGAUGCAGAUUAUCUUUGGAGUGGUAGAUUUUCCAGCUAAACUGGUCGCUCUUCUGAUGCUGAGCUUUCUGGGCCGACGUGUGACUCAAGGCACAUGUCUCCUCAUGUCAGCAUCUGUAAUAUUUGCCAACAUUUUUGUUCCUAAAGAUAUGCAGAUAACAAGGACAGCGCUUGCUGUUAUCGGAAAAGGCUUCACGUCAUCGUCCUUUACUUGUGUCUAUCUUUUUACUGGAGAGCUUUAUCCUACUGUCAUCAGGCAGACCGGCUUGGGCUUUGUCUCCACGAUGGCCAGAAUCGGCUCCAUGGCCGCUCCUGCUGUCCUGAUCUUGGAUGAGAUCAUGCCGGCUCUGCCUAGCAUUGUAUAUGGAGGAUCCGCUGUGCUCGCUGGUUUCAUAGCCUUUUUUCUUCCAGAAACCCUCGACGUUCCUCUGCCUGAUACUAUUGAGGAUGUAGAGGAGAAACGGGAAAAGAAAAGUCUAAGUCUUAAGGAACAGGCAUGGAAUGAGUCGCUGACCUUGCAGGACAUCAAACAGGGUGGAGAAACAUGUGAAGUGAACAAAUGUUGAAAUGUUUCAACGCACAGCAUUAUGAUGUUAUUAUACAGUAUUUCAUGCAAUUAUGAUCCUUUAUGCACUAUUAUUUAAAAUGCCAGUAAUGAACAUUUUGCAGUCACUUAAUAAUAUAAAACUUAAAUGUAGAAUGAUUUUUUUAUUGUAGUUUUAUUGUAUCUGAUUUUACUGUAAUUUUUAAUUGUAUCCAAAAUGUAACAAAAUGUUAACUUUUUUUGUUACAUUUUGUAAACAAAAUGUAACUUUUACAAUAAAGUUUCAUUAAUUGACAUUAGCUAAUGCAUUGGGUAUCACGAACGUAAUAUUAAUAGAAGUUCUUUACUAAUAUGUAGUUAAGUGUUAAUUUAUACCAUUGUUCAUUAUUAAUUUACGCUCAUUAAUAAUACAUUAACUAGAAAGAAUUGAUGUUAAAAAUGUAUUAGUAAAUGCAGAAUUUAAUUGUUUAAGAAUAUUGUUUAUUGUUAGUUCAUGAUACCUAACAGUGAUGCGCGGGUCAAUGUAUAAACAACCCGAACCCGACCGCCGUUUUCAACUAACCCGCCCGCAGCUCGGACCGCAAAAAAAAAAAAAAAAAAGAAAAUAUUGUACCCGACCCGCUUCCUGACCCGCAUUUUUUUUCAAAUGGUGCGCUCAGAGGUGCGGCGGCGAGAGCAGGCAGUUCUUGAGGCGACCCAUUACUACGGCGUUUUAGUGCCACCUUAAAAAAGAAGAAAAAAAAAAAAGAUUACGAGAUUAAGCUCGUAAUAUUUCGAGAAUAAACUCGAAACAACGAGAAUAAAGUCGAAAUGUUAAGAGAAUAAAGUCGAAAGCUUACGAGAAUAAAGUCGAAAUGUUACGAGAAAAAAAGUCGAAACAUUUCGAGAAGUCAAAAUAUUUCGAGAAUAAAGUCGAAAUGUUACGAGAAUAAAGUCGAAAUGUUACGAGAAUAAAGUCGAAAUGUUACAAGAAAAAAGUCGAAAUAUUUCGAGAAAAGACAGAAUUGCGAGAAACUAUGGAUGUGGAGGAUCUGGUUAAAUCCUACUUUAGGUUAGGAUUUAGCAAUAAGGAAAUUCUUUAUAAAAACGUAUAAAAAAUAAAAUAAAGAUGGCGACGACAGGUAUAAGGUUACCAACAAAUGCUGAGGGGAUAUGCAUGCCAACGGAGACGGACAGCGUUCUAAGAACCGUUCGGUACGACAGUGGAAAAGCGGCUUAUGAGGAUGAUGAUCAAAUAAAGCAAUCGAUCCUGAAGGAGUUGAACACCGGCACGCUCGACGUCUCCGACGUCGCCAGUACUUCAGCCGGGGUCCCAACGCAUUGUGGCAUAUGGAUUCAUAUGAUAAACUCAAGCCGUACGGCAUUGCAAUUAAUGGUUGCAUUGACAGCUUGUCGGUUUGUGUUGUGGAUGGAAGCGUACAAUACAUUCACGUAAAAAUUCUUUAUUUUCGUAAUUUUGACUUUUUUUUUUUUUUUUUUUUU